AUGCAGAUUUUUCACAUACACUCCCCUGACACGUGCGCUGUUGGAGAUCUGAGAAUAUCUUUUCCUCUUUAUUCAGGUGAGAAAGGAGUCAAAGGCUUAUCGGGGGUGUCUGGAAAAAAGGGAAAAGCAGGCACAGUCUGUGACUGUGGAAGGUAUCGCAGAGUUGUUGGACAACUGAACAUCAAUGUUGCUCGUCUUAACACAUCCAUCAAGUUUGUAAAGAACGUUAUAGCAGGUAUCAGGGAGACAGAUGAGAAAUUCUAUUACAUCGUGAAAGAAGAGAAGAACUACAGAGAAGCCUUGAUCCACUGCAGGGACAGAGGAGGAACACUGGCCAUGCCUAAAGAUGGGGCAACCAACGCCCUGAUUGCUGACUACAUCUCCAACAGUGGUCUCUUCCGAGCCUUCAUUGGGCUGAAUGACAUGGAAAAAGAAGGACAGUUUGUGUACGCAGACAACAGUCUGCUGCAGAACUACAGUAACUGGAAGGAAGGAGAGCCUCACGACCCAGCUGGCCGUGAGGACUGUGUGGAAAUGCUCAGCACGGGAGAGUGGAAUGACUCCGAGUGCCAAGUCACCAUCUACUUUGUCUGUGAAUUCCUCAAGAAGAGGAAAUAA